UCUGUCUUUCUUCCCCACGUUUGCUUUCUCUCCAAAAUCAAACGCUUUUCAGUGACAUGGACACCAUCGAAGCAACUAAAAUGGUGAUGUCAAGAAUCAAGACAAUAGACCCACAAGACGCUUCAAAAAUCAUGGGUUACCUACUCAUACAACACCCAAGCGAACACGAAAUAAUCCGACUAGCUUUCGGCCCCGAAAACUUUCUUCUUUCAGUCAUUAAACAAGCCAAAUCUUUCUUAGACAUUUCGUCGAACACUUCGUCUGCACCCUCGUUUUCUUCACAUUUUUAUCACCAAACAACCCCGCAAAUCGUAAUCCCGAACAUGGGUUAUAAUGACGAUGUUAAAUGGUGUAGGCCUUGCAUGUGUUUUGCUCGAGGGUUUUGCAAAAAUAGGAACUUUUGUGAAUCUUUUCAUGGUGAAAUGUGUUUGGGUUUAUGUUCACAUACUGCAGAUUUUGAGGAUUCUACAGGAGUAAAUGUGUGUGGGUUUGAUGAUUUUUUGAGAAUUAAAGCAAUGCAGGAGCAGGAGCAGAGGGUUGUUGCCAUGGCUGCAGGAGGAUAUUAUCCUUUUUGUUUCAACAAAUGCAUCAAUUUUUUUAAUGAGAUUCCUAGAUCACCACCAGAAGCAGCAUCACUGAUGAUGAAGGAAAACUCUCUUAAGUUUGGUCGAUUCCGACCCGAUAGGCAUGAUCUUGCAGCAAUGGGGUUAUGGAAUUCAUGUUCAAGUUCCCGACAGAUUUACUUAACAUUUUCAGCUGAUAGUACCUUUAAGGAUGAAGACGUAUCAAAUUACUUCAGUACUUUUGGACCAGUUCAAGAUGUGAGAAUUCCGUAUCAACAGAAGCGAAUGUUCGGGUUUGUUUCAUUUGUUCUCGCAGAAACAGUGAAAUCAGUUUUGGCCAAGGGGAACCCGCAUUUCGUUUGUGAUUCGCACGUUCUUGUUAAGCCGUACAAAGAGAAGGGAACGAUCCCAUUCAAGAAGCAUCAGCGUCAAAUCGCGAGGGGGGAUUUUUCUGCUUUUGAAUCUGCAGAGCCAUUUGAUCAUAUACCUUUUGGUGCGAGAAUGUUUAAUCAUGAUGCGAGGUUGAGAAGAAAUCUAGCGGGUCAGGAUGAAUGCCAACAAACAAUUGAUAUUCAGGAAAGAAAGUUGAUGAACAUGCGGUUAACAACGGAGCAUCAGCUUCAACGUAGCUUAUCUCAAUCUCAAAUGAACCCGAGUCUUGUGCAUGUCAACAGUUUAAAUGCUUGUGGAGAAGAAAUUUACGCCAGUGACACCCAAGAGCUUCUUACAGAGAGCUCUGAUUCAAAAGAAGUAAAUAUUAAGGAGAUCAACAUCCGCAAUAGCAGCGGCAAUGGAAGUUAUAUCCAUGAAAGAAGCGUUGAGCACAUCCUUCCCGAUAACUUAUUUGCUUCACCAACAAAAAUUGCCGCCAUGGAACGCCAGUCUAUCUUCUCAGAUACUAUGCCGGAUGUUGGUGGUUCUGCCAACGUAAACCAGACUUUCCUUAACAUGGCUUCUCUCAGAUCAUGUUAGUUACAAAUGGCAAGAUAGUUGAAGAUUUAGAAAGAUCCAGCAGCUGUAUAGCAACACCAGCAACAAAAAAAAAAAAAAAAAAGAAAAGAAAAAGGUUUCAGUCAUCUUCAAUACCACAAAAUACUACUUACAACCAAUCAACUAUAUGUAAUUAGGUAUAUUAGUAGUUCAAGCUAACUGCCAAAUUUACCCUCAUUCAUUUUGGGGAUAUGAAUGGUGGGUGUACAUAUUUUGUUGAUUGACUACUAAAAAGAUAUAUAAUCUUUGGAAAGGGUAAAGCUGAAAUUUCUGUUC